AUGAAUGAAUCUGUGACAGAAAGUGAAGGAAGUGUCAGAGAAAAUACCAGACUGGAGUCCCUUACAUCCAGACAAGUGAAAGGGUUGGCAAGAGUGUCACUCAAAGACUUGACACAAUCCUCUGAAUCACUGAAAGGUCGGCACAGAGAGACGAAACAUAGUGGGAGAGCAUUAGGUAUCAAGAUAAGCAGAGUAUAUUUGCGUUUUCAGGCGAGGUUCAGGGACUCAGAAGAGGAAGUCCAAGAAGUCCCAUCCCAGAGCCGGGUCACUGUGGUCCUGGUACAACUCAUCCCUGCUGGCAUCUUCUGUGGGCCCGAGAAGGUGCAGGAGAAGUCUAGUAUAGACAGCUGUCAUAUCUGGGUCAGAAGCUACACUCUUACUCGAGGCAAAUUUGCCAAGGCCAUCUUUGAUGCAACCUCCAAGAAUUACUGUGGUCUCACACAACCACCUUCUGUGUUGGAAACUGUGUUCACCAAGUCUCCCAGCCAGGAAUUCGCUGUCCUUUUAGCAAAAAAGGCCUCUAGGCCUUUUCGGUGUCUAAAAUGCUCUCACUCAGGAGCAGAGGAACGUCUAGAAACUCCUUCUGCUAAAAAUUUAACAGAUAUAGGAAUUAGAAGAAUCUUCUCUUCAGAGCAUGACAUCUUCCGGGAAAGUGUGAGGAAGUUUUUUCAAGAGGAAGUGAUUCCUCAUCACGCAGAAUGGGAGAAAGCUGGAGAAGUGAGUAGGGAACUCUGGGAAAAAGCUGGUAAACAAGGACUGCUCGGUGUCAAUAUUACAGAGAACCAUGGAGGGAUCGGUGGGGACUUGUACUCAGCAGCUGUGGUCUGGGAGGAGCAAGCAUACUCGAAUUGUACAGGCCCCGGUUUUAGUCUUCACUCAGAUAUUGUCAUGCCCUAUAUUGCAAACUAUGGUUCAGAAGAACAGAUAAAGCGCUUCAUCCCUCAGAUGACUGCCGGGAAAUGUAUUGGUGCCAUUGCAAUGACAGAGCCUGGAGCAGGAAGUGAUUUGCAAGGAGUGAGAACAAAUGCCAAAAAGGAUGGAAGUGACUGGAUUCUCAAUGGAAGCAAGGUUUUCAUCACGAAUGGGUGGCUCAGUGACGUUGUGAUCGUGGUAGCCGUGACCAGUCGCGAAGCUCGCUCUCCUGCCCAUGGCAUCAGCCUUUUUCUGGUGGAAAACGGAAUGAAAGGAUUCAUCAAAGGACGAAAGCUACAUAAAAUGGGUCUAAAAGCCCAGGAUACUGCAGAAUUAUUCUUUGAAGAUGUGCGUUUGCCAGCGAGUGCCCUGCUUGGAGAAGAGAAUAAAGGCUUCUAUUACCUCAUGCAAGAGCUUCCACAGGAAAGACUGUUGAUUGCUGAGUUGGCAAUUUCAGCCUGUGAAUUCAUGUUUGAAGAAACCAGGAACUAUGUUAAACAAAGAAAAGCUUUUGGGAAAACAGUUGCACAUAUACAGACUGUGCAGCAUAAACUAGCAGAAUUAAAAACACACAUUUGUGUAACCAGAGCUUUUGUGGACAGCUGUCUCCAGCUGCAUGCAGCUAAACGUCUGGACUCUGCCUCGGCUUCCAUGGCGAAAUAUUGGGCAUCUGAGUUGCAAAACAGUGUGGCUUAUGACUGCGUCCAGCUCCACGGAGGUUGGGGCUACAUGUGGGAGUACCCAAUUGCCAAAUCUUAUGUGGAUGCCCGAGUUCAGCCAAUCUAUGGUGGUACCAAUGAAAUAAUGAAGGAGUUGAUUGCAAGAGAUAUCGUUCGUCCGUGACAAGCAGACACUUGCCCACAUCCUGGAAUCCUAUUACAGCUAAUCUGAUGUUAAAUCUACUCAAAAUAAAAUUUAACCUGCAAAGGAAACACAAAACACUUUCUUAUGUGCUCUCUCAAUGAAAAAGAUAUCAAAUGAAAAUAUAAAAUUAA